AUGCGUCAAUUCGAAGAAACAUUACGUCACGACUUUCCUGCCUCCACUGGUCCUGCCGCUGUAUUGAUAGAAUCCAUUCAGGGUGUGGGUGGAACGAUGCAGUUUACGAAAGGAUUCCUUCAGCGAGCGUUCGAAGCUGUACAAAAACGUGGCGGACUGGCGAUAAGUGACGAGGUGCAGACAGGGUUUGGGCGGCUUGGAUCGCAUUUCUGGGGAUUUGAGACGCAAGAUGCUAAACCCGAUAUCGUCACGAUGGCUAAAGGUAUUGGUAACGGUUUCCCAUUGGGUGCCGUGGUGACCACCGAGGAAAUAGCAGCAUCGUUCGGAAAGGCUCUCUAUUUCAAUACGUUUGGUGGAAAUCCAAUGGCAUCUGUUGUCGGAAAAACUGUUCUUGAGGAGUUGCCUCUUCAAACUGUAUGUAAAAGGAUCUCCGAGUGGAGCUCGGAGCGUAGGGUAUUCCGUGAUGUGAAUGAACCACACUGGAUCGCAAUCAAGGAGACGUCGGACACUCCCAUAAUGAUCCGUAAUCGUGACUAUUGGGUGCUCUCAUCCGAGCAGUGA